AUGGAUUCUUUAUCAUUAUUAGAUGAAUUCGAGCAUGACUUGACAUCUCUAAUUUUGGAAUCUAAAAAAAAGAACAUAUGUGUAAAAGAAAAAACAGAAAUUUGUAUUAUAAAAAUAAAGAAUUAUAAUAGCAUAUUGGAAUAUAAUGGGAAUCAAUUAUUAUGUGAUUUUGAAUUUCCAUUAAAUGAUAUAUUAGAAAUAAUUAAUAUAUGUAUGAACAUAAAUAAUUAUAAAAUUAAUAAUAUUUGUUUAUCAGUUAUACAAAAAAUUGUUCUUUAUAUAUUAUGCUUAAUUGAUAAUAAAGAAUUAAUUAAUAAAUUUGAUGAAAUAAAUAUUGAAAAACAUAUAGAAAUAAUUACAAAUAAAUUAUUUGAUUUAACUUUUCUUGAUGAUAGAAAAAUAUUAAUUAAGAUAUUACAAAUCAUAUUAACAGCUUUUUCGUCAAAAUAUAUUGAAUAUUAUAACAAAGAUAAUAUAGAUACAAUUUUGAAAAUAUUAUAUUCUAUAUAUUAUUCCUCUCUUUAUGAUAAAAACCUUAUUCUAUAUCAAACCUGUUGUGCUGCUUAUGAACAACUACUUAAUUCCCUUAUUGAUGUAUGUAAUAAAGAAGGUCUUAUGAAUAUGGAGGACUCUAGCAAUGUAAAUCUGUCCGAAGGUACAGAAGAUAAUGUUAAGAAGAAGAAAAAAAAGAAAAAAAAAAAGAAAAAGAAAGAGAACAGAGAAAUUGGCAAGAUGAACCAAGAAGAUAAUAAUAGUAUUAGUAAAAAUGGAUAUAUGAUGAAUAGUAAUAUUAACAAUAACAUAAAUGAGGAAUAUAAUAAUGAUAAUAAUAAUGAUAAUAUUAAUAAUUAUUAUAAUAGACCUUAUGUGAAUAAAUAUACGAAUGAUCAAAAUAGUGUACAGUAUUAUUUUGAAAAUUUCGUUUUACCAUACAAUACGAAUGAUCAAAUAGAUUUAAUUUAUAUAAAUAAUAUGGAAAAUAACAAACAUAUGAAAAAUAAAAAUAAACUGCUGUCAUUAAUUCAUUACUUAUGUUAUUGUUGUUUUGUUAAUAUUCGGUCGAAAUAUAAUACCGAAAGUUUUAGUAACAUGGAGGAUAGAAAAUCAAAGGAAGAGGGAGAUAAUAAUAAUGAUCAUUAUAAGGAAGAAGAAAGUUGUGAAGAGUGGAAUAAAAUAAAUAACACAAAAAAUGAGGAUAUAAAUAAUGAUGAUAACAAUAAUGAUGAUAACAAUAAUGAGGAUAACAAUAAUGAGGAUAACAAUAAUGGGGAUAACAAUAAUGGGGAUAACAAUAAUGGGGAUAACAAUAAUGGGGAUAAUAAUAAUGGUGAUAUGAAGAAGGACAUAAAUAAGAAUAUAAAUAAUAAAAACAAUAAUGAUAAUAAUCAUAUAUGUAACAAUAAUAUAGAUGAUGGAAAAGACAAUGUAAUAAAAAAUCGUUUAUCCGAUGUUUCAAAAUGUUCAUCCUUCUCAAAUACAAAAAAUGAAGAAUAUAAUAGAAAUUUCGCAGGAUGUAAUAAUACGAAUUCUUUCUUAAUAGAAGAAAAGACAAAUGUAGUUAAUAAAGAUGAAUAUAAUAAAAGAGAGAUUUCGAAACAUGAAGAUAUUAAUAAUAUGAAUAAUAUGAAUAAUAUGUAUAAUGUAAAAAAUUCUAAUAUUAAAAAGUUUUUUAAAAUUUUGAAAAGCAGUAAUUCAAAAAACUCAAGUAAUGAUAAUGUUAGUAAUAUAAAAUAUAAUGAAACAUUUCAUGCAGAUACUUUAGAAUUAAAAACAGAUAUCUUAUCAAGUUAUAAUAAGAAUAAUUUAAUUUUACCUUUUAAUUUUUGUUUAGAUUUAUUAUAUAUAUUUUUAAAUAAUUAUGAAUGUUUUUUAGACAAUUUUGAAUUUUUCAAAUUAUUAAAAUUUGAAGUUAUAUAUAUAAUUCUAAUAUCAUUAAAAUAUGAUUUAGAUAUUGAUGUUUUUUAUAGGUGUCUAAAAAUUCUUAAAAUUAUCUGCAAUAAAUAUUUUGUAUAUUUCUUAGCAGAAAUUCAAUAUCUUCUUGAAGUAUUACAGAAAUAUUUAUGUUUAGUAAAGCCAUUUUCAAAACUAUAUAUAGUAUUAAAUUUCUUUUUUUAUUUGUUUGAUAACACAAGUACUUUCUUUUAUUUAUAUAAAUAUUUUUACUAUUACAGAAAUGCUAAUAAUAAAGAUGGCACUAAAUAUCAGGAGGAAACCAAAAAAUAUAUUCCUUCUUCUUAUGAUUAUAAAGAAAUCAAAAAUGUUAAAAAACAAGUAUCAAAUGAAGAAGGUAAUGAUACAAAAGAUAUUAUAUAUCCUAUUAAUAUAAAGCAUAAAUUUUCAAAUAAUGUUUUCGAUACAAACGACAAGACUAAUAAUAGUAUGAACAAAAUGGGGGACCUGUGUAAUAACGAAGAAAAUAAAAAAUUAUUUAAUAAUGAAGAAAUAAAACAUAAAAAAAGUGAAGAUAAAAUUGAAAAUGAAGCAGAUAAAUUAAAUAAUAAAAUCCAAUUUAAUGAUAAUACUGAUUUUAUUUUUACAAGAAUUGUUGAAUAUAUUAGUAAAAUAAUACAUGAGCUUUUAUUCUUACAUACUAUAGAUAUCACGAAAAUGUAUCCGUACCUUAAGGUAAUAAAAUACGAUAGAAUAUAUACAACUGAAACAAGGUUUGAUGAUAUAAUAAAUGAACUGAAGGAAAAAAAAAAAAAUAAUAACAAUAGUAAUAAUAAUAAUAGUAAUAGUAAUAAUAGUAAUAAUAAUAUUAUGAAUGAUAUGAACGAAAAACAUAAAAAGAGAAUAAUGCAAGAUAAAAUUCAAACUCCCAUGUGGAGAAAAGAAGAAAAGAAAAAUCAUAAAGAAAUAGAUGAAAAAAAUAAAAAAAUAUAUUUACAUAAUAAGAAUUCUUUUAAAGAUGAAAGACAAUUAUCCUUUUGUAAUUUUUUAAGUUACCCUAUUAUAUUACCAAAUUCAAUUGUAAAUCCAAGAGAAGAUUUUUAUUUAAGUAAAUUUUCUACAGAAAAAUUAAUGUGUAAAAUUUUAUUCGAUGAUUUAUUAUAUAAAGAUGUAGAUGAAAUACGAUUACUAGCAUCUUCUGUUGAUAGUAUAUUAUCUUUAGUUAAUUCCUUUUAUAUAAUAUUUUUAAACAUAUUAAAAAAAGAUAACAAUCCAUAUUGUUUUUCAACAGUAGAUAUGAAUGAUGAAAGAAUAAAACAUCAUCUGGAAAAUUUUCAUAUGGAAAGUACUAAUGUAAUGAAUAGUAAUAUUGAAAAGAAGAGUGGUAAUAAUAUUAAUGUUUAUCAAAACCACGUUUAUAAGAAUGGCAAUAAUAAUAAUACUAAAUAUAGUAUAUACAAUAUAGGGAAUGAAAAAAGUCGUGAUAAAUAUACAGAUAAUAUAAACGAUAUAUAUGAAAUGGAUGAAAAAAAAAAGACGUCUUAUUUUUAUUAUUUAAUACAACAAAGAAUACAAUAUUAUAAUCAUAAUGAUUCUGCUAAAAAUGGUUUUGUAAACAAUUCAAAGAUAGAGAAUCAAAGGAAGGAUAUAUAUCAAGAUAAUAAUAAUAAUAAUAAUAAUAAUAAUAAUAAUAACAAUAAUGAUAAUACAAGUGCUACAAGAAAAAAUGAUGAAUUUAAUAUAAACAUAAAAGAAGAAUUCGAAAACUCUAAUAAUAUAUUAUAUAACCAAGUAAAUAUUGAUUUUAAUGAAGAUAAGUCACUUUUUUCUUAUGUAUUUAAUUCAACUUGUAGAUAUAUCAUAUCAUGUAUUUGUUUAAUAUUUUCUUAUACUAAUACAUUAGAUGUUUGUUUUUUUAAUGGUUUCCAAAAAUUAAUAUUCAUUAGUUCUAAUCUAAAUGUAAAUAUAUGUACUGAUGCCUGUUUAAAAACAUUAACUAAAUGUAGUAGUAUAUUUACUUUAGAAAAUUCUCCUUUUUUUCUAAAUAUUCUUAAAAAUUUUGAGAAACAAGAAAACAAAAAUGAAAAUAAUAUUAAAGCAAAGAAAAACAAAUCAGGAAGUAAAACUGGUGCUCAUAAAAUAACUAGUGUUCAAAUGAAUAAUACAAAUAAGAAUAUAUCACCUAUAAAAAGGGAAUUAUAUGCAGAUGAUGUUUAUGAAAAUGUGGAGAAGAGUAUUCUUCCAUGCAAUAAUAUAUCUAUCAAAAAUAUAAAUAAUGUGAAUAAUGUGAAUAAUAUCAAUAAUGUGAAUAAUAUUAAUAAUGUGAAUAAUAUCAAUAAUGUGAAUAAUAUCAAUAAUGUAAAUAAUAUAAAUAAUGUGAAUAAUAUAAAUUUUGAAACAUCUGAAGAUAUGAGUAAUACUAAAAAUUCUAGAGACAAUAACUUUAAUGACAAAGAAGAACUGAUGAAAUGUGUUAAUACAAUAGUUCUUAAUAAGAAAAAGAAAAAAAGGAUGUCCUCGAAAAAUAAUGAAGAUAACGAUUUAUCAUAUGAUAGUAUUGAAGAACAAGAAUCUAAUACCUUUAAUACGAAAGAUUUGAAUAUAAGUAAAAGUAAAUUAAAUGAUACAGAUAUAAAAAACGAUAAUAUUAAUAAAAUGAAUACUGUGAAAGAUGUUAAUCUUUCUAAAUAUAAUAUAAAUCAUAGUAUUCAAUUUUGUGAUUCUUUAGAAAAAGAAAACGUGGUUAAUAAUAAUAACGAAUCAAAUAAAGAAAAAGUGAAUUAUUAUGACAUAAACAAUAUGACAAAUGAUAAUAUAAAUUAUUUAAAAGAGAAUUUUUCUAAACGAUUAAGUAUUGAAAGUGUCGAAGCGAAUUUCCUUACUUAUAAAAGAAUAUUAAAUGAUGAUUUAUUAAAAUAUUUUGAUGAUAUAAUUAGUAUAAUAUUACAAGAAUCUUAUUAUAUAAAUAAUGAUUUAAAUAAUAUAAAAUAUAUUUUAUCGAUAAAAGCUGUUAUUAGUAUAUAUUAUAUAUAUGGUGAUUAUUUACAUUUUGAUGAUUGGUUAAAAUUAAUAAAUUUAUUUGUUGAAAUUAAUUAUAUAUAUAAAUAUAUAUCUUCUAUAGAAAAUAAAACAAUUCAAUUUUUAAAUUUCUUUCAUCAUAUAAAUAAAAAUGAAGAAGAUAUUUCUUUUCCUAUUGAUAAAUAUGAUUCAGCUGAUGUUGAUCGAAAUAAUUAUUCACAAAAUAUUGAUUCUAAAAGUAUAGAAUUUUGUUAUUUUAUAUUGAGAUUUAUUCAAAAGAACCCAGUUUUAUGUGCAGAAACAACUGUCAUUUUUUCUUCUUUUGAUUAUUUUUUUAAAAAUACAAUUUUUUAUAACAUUUCAACAUUAAUUAAUAUAAUUAAUUCUAUACACUAUAUGAUAUUUAAUCAAUUCUUUAAACAGAAAAAAUUAAGUUGUAAGGAAUCGAAUAUAUUAUUGAAUGAAGAAGAAAUUAUUUGUAUUGAUACAAAAAAUAAUUCUACUUUAAAUUAUGAAAAUACUUUUGUAAAUAAUGACCAUAACGAAUGUAUUCUAGAGAAUAAUUAUUCUAUAAAUUAUGAUUAUAAUAAUAAUGAGAAAAAAAAAAAAAAAUUAUUAGUUGAUUCUUUUAAGGAUGAUGAAAAUAUGGGAAAUGCAAUAAAUGGAGGGGGGAAAAAAGUAUUAGUUGAUUCUUUUAAGGAUGAUGAAAAUAUUGCAAAUGAAAUAAAUGAGAAAAAAAAUGUAAUUAAUAAAUAUUUCAAUUUUUUAUACAAAAGUCAAGAUAUAUUUGAAAUAUUUUAUUUUUAUUUAUCCCAUUUUGAACCCAUAUAUAUGUCUUAUUUCGAAUAUUAUAGUGAUCUAUUUUUUAUAGAAAAGAAGAUGAAACAUAAAAAUAAUAAUACUUAUGGGAAUAAUAAAUGUAAUAGUAAUUAUCCUAUGAAUGUUAAUGAAGCUUUUGAUACAUGUGAGAAUGAAAGAAAUCAUAUGAAUGAUUCAUAUACUUAUUUAAAGAAAGAGAAAUAUAUUGUACUUAAGAAAUUAGAAAAGUCUUGUAUUUUUGAAGAUUUUUAUCCUUUAUAUAUGUUAGAAACGUUGUGUGUUAUAAACAUAAAUAAGAUAAGAUAUAUUUAUAACAAUUGUUGUAUUGAUAUAUUAUUAUUAUCUUUAUGUAAAAAUAAUGAUAUUCAAAAGAAAAGUAUAGAUACAUUAUAUAACAUAAUAAAAGAGUCUGUUGUAUAUUAUAAAUCAAAUUUUGAAAUGCAAUUUCUUUUGUUUAAACCUUUUUUCUUUUUUAUUGUAAAUCCUUAUAUAUCUUAUCGUUCAUAUUUUAUAUCAUCCUUUUUAAAUUUCAUUAGGAAAAAUGGAUCGUUUUUUCAUGAAGACAUGUGGUUGUUUGUUAUUUAUCUUUUAUAUGUAUCUUUACAAAAAGAAUUAAAAAAAAAAGUUUUAAAAGGAAAAAGGGGCAUUUCAAAAGAGGAAAUUCAUGAUGAAAUAAAAAUAAAAGAUGAUGUGGUUAAGACGGAUAAUAUUAGAGAGAAUAAAAAUUACAAAGAUAAAUCCAAAAUGAAUGAAAAAAAAAAUGAAAUUGAUGAAGAAAAUAUAUCUAUUAUUAAUAAUAUUUUUAAUAUUUUAGAAAUUAUUAUUGUAGAUUAUAUUGAAGAUGUGCCAGUAUGUGAAAUCAUGGAAAUAAUAAUUCACAUGCUCAUGUUAUUUUCUUCUUUAAAUAUUUUGAGUAAUAAUAUAUCCUUUCGAGCUAUUAAUUUUUCAUGGACUAUUGUAGAUUAUAUUAUAGAUCGUUCGAAUUUAAUUAAUAAAAAUAUAAAGAAUGAUAAUAAAAAACAAACAAAAAUAAACGGAAAUAAUGAAAAUAUGGUUAUGGAAAAGAAAUUAUUACACAUAUGUGUUAUAGAAAAUAGAAAAAUGUAUAUAUAUGAAAAUAAUAUAAAAAUGAAAAAUAUAAAAAUGAAAAAUUUCUUCAUAUUCAUUUUAUAUAAUUUAAUGAAAUUAUGUUUGGAUGAAAGAAUAGAAGUACGAAAUUGUAGUAUCAAAACAAUUAUGAGCAUAUUAUCUGCGCAUAUUUAUAAAUUUGAUUUUUUCUUUUAUAAAACUUCUAUCUGUUUAUUACUUAAAAGGUUAACACUUACUUAUUUUUAUAAAUUACAGGAAUAUUUUAAAUUGGAAAAAAAACAAGAUAUACAAAAUCACAAUUCAAGUAAUAUACCUCAUGAGGACUUAACAGUAUUUUGUGAAAAGAACGACAAAAAUAAUGGGGGAAUAUUACCAUCUCAUAUAUUGGAUAGUAAAAAAGAUAUAAUAUUAAAUGAACCUUUAGUAAAGGAUUAUGUUGAUCAUGAUAGUAAUAAUAAUAAUAAUGAUAAUAUGAAUAGUACAAAUUAUAAUUCACUUGAUGAAAAUAUUUCAAAAAAUUUAAAUCAAAAAAAUGAGGAUGAUAAUAUAACAUUGGUUCAUUCAAAUAGUAUGAAAAAAUAUAUUAGUAGUAAUAUUAAGAACCAAUUCAAAAAUAGCUUUUUAAAUAUAUGUGAUAGAGAAAAUGUGUAUGAAGUCGUGAAAAAAAAAAAGAAAAGAAAAGAAAAGGAAAUAAUAAAAGAAAUAAAAAAAGAAAAAAAAGAACUUUUAGAAGAUAUUGAUAUGAAUAUGAACAUAAAUAUAAAUAUACAUAAUAAUAAUAAUAUAGAAAAUAAUAAUUUAUUAGAGGAUGAAAAUAAAAAUUGCGAUUUAUAUGAUUAUGUAAAUGAAAAUUUUAGUACAAUUAUUAUUCAUCAUUCAAGAGAUAGUAAAUUGAAACAAUGGAUUGAAAGUUUUAUUUUAAUUAUUGAAGGUUGUAAUCGAAUAUUAUUAGAUCAAGAUAAUUAUAAGAAGUUUGAUUAUUUUUAUGAUAUAUUUAUAAAAAUAUUGAAAACUAUAUUAUUUAUUGAAUAUAAUAAUAAGAAUAUGUUUGAAUUACAUAUUUCUAUUAUACAAAUAUUAAAUAAUAUAUACAUGUCUAAAUUAAAUUAUUAUGGACCCUCCUAUUUUAAAAUGAAGAAUUAUAUAACACAUAAGAAAUGUAAUAAAUAUUAUGUAAAUAUCUUUGAUAAAAGCUUUUUUUAUAUAUAUAAAUAUGCACCCUCAAUUAUUGAUCAGAAAAUAAAAGAUUUUAUAUUAAAAAUUAUUUUAGAGAAUCUUAAAAAUAUAACGAGUGAAAAAUGGAUAUUUCACCAUUCUAUUAUUUAUUUUCAUAUGUUCCAUUUUUUAUUUCAAUAUACAGAUGUAAAUAUAGAAAAGGAAUAUCAUCAAAACAAUAAAGAAAAGCAUGAAAAAAAUUACUCCUUUUUAAAUUACUAUUCCAUAAUUAAUAAAUUAUAUUUUGAUUAUUUUAUAAGUACAUCGCAUUAUAUGAAUGAAAAAUUGCUACAAGGAGAAAUGACAAAUAUGGAGAAUCAAAAGAAUGACAAAAAAAAAAAAAUAGAUAAUAAAAAUAAAGAACAUAAUAAUAAUAAUAAUAAUAACUACAAUUCUGAUAAUCAUUAUAGUAGUGACCAUUUUUUAAACGAAGAUUUAAAAUUGGAUAAAGACACAUCAUGUAUAACUCAUCAUAACAUGGAAAUAAAAAAAAAUGUUAUUCUUACCGAUUCUACAGAUGAAUAUGAAAAUCCUUUAUUUUCAAAAAAUGCCUUUACUUUUGAUUAUAAAACAGAAGAAUCUAGUAAGGAUCCAUUAAAUAUUUAUAACAUUCUAGAAAACAACAAAGAUGUUUAUAAUAUAAAGUAUAAUAUAAUAUCUGAAAAUUUUAUAAAAAAAAAUAUAUAUGAAAUAUAUUUGAAUAAUAAUAAUUUGAUAACCUCAGAUCUUUUCAAAAUAUCUAUGUAUAUUUUUGAAACCUUAGAAUAUGAUGAUAUAAAUUUGCUAAUAAAUGAGGAACUUUUAAAUAGCUUAAAAUUAUUGAAAUAUCAUUUUUCUUAUGAUGAACAAAAGAUGGUUAUAUAUAAAGAAUUAAUAAAUUUCUUUUUUAACGAUAAUAUAUUGUUAAAUGAAAAUAACGAUGAAAUCAUAGAUAAAAUAGAAUUGAACGAUACAUAUAACAAACAAGAACUUGAUAUAAAUGAUUAUCACGAUAAAAAACAAGAAUAUAAAGAAUGUAAUAGAUUAUUUACAUUAAAUUAUAAAAAACUGUAUCCUUUAAAUAAUUAUAUAGAAGGUUUUCAAAUAUUUCAGAUAGCUUUUUUUAACCAUUUUAUUCCAUGUUAUAUAUUUUUUAUUCAUAAUAAAUUCAAUUUAUAUCCAAAUUAUCAACUUAAUAUAAUAUAUUCUAUAGUUUUAUGUAAUAUGAUAAAGCAGGAAUAUUAUACAGUAUAUUAUCAUGAUGAACAUCUUCUCGUGUCAUUUUUAAAUAUGUUCCCAUAUAUACUAGCUACUCAUUUGAAAUGUUUUCUUUAUAACCUUAAAAAUAAUUCAUGUUUUGUAUUCUACGAAAGUAUAAUUAUCUUAUUAAAAAUUACGUAUCAAAUGGUUUUGAAUUCGAAAAACAUCAUCAAGAAGAAUUUAUACAAAUAUUGGUACUCAGUCAUAUUUGCAGUUGAAAAGAUCCUAUUUGUGAACUGCAGCAAUGAUAAAAUCGAUAUGUUAGAUAUAAUGCUCAUAAAAUUUAUUAGGAAUAACUAUUUAUCAGAAAAUUCAGUGACCCCGUGGUUUAUAAAAAUAUACCUGACGAAAAUUAUAAGUGAACUUUAUGAUACAAAAAGAAGAGCCUUUUCAAGCUGGACACUUCAAAUUUUAUUUGAGGAGUAUGAAAAAAUGUCAAAAAAUAAUAAUAGUUAUCCUUACUAUACAACUUUUAUUACAAUACUUCUGUUGAAAAAAUGUGUAUUAACCCUGAAGAGUUUUUCUAGUGAGAAUAACAAGGAAAACAGUAGCGAUGAAAUUGUUUUUAUAUUAUACGAAAUGAAGAAAUUGAAAUGUUAUUAUUCCUUUAUUAAUAUGGAUAAUUCUACAAUAUUAAAAUCAUCAGAUGAAAAAGCCCACCUUUUUAUAUGUUAUCCAUAUCUAUUAGAUUGCUUAAAUACAGAAAAUAAAAAUGUUUUCACGACAGUAAAAGAACUAUUGAAACUUAUAUCCUAUCCAUUACGGCUUCAAUAA